AUGCCAAGUUAUAUGGAAGAAGGUCAAGCGUGUGUUGUAUGUGGUGAUGAGGCUACCGGGCUGCAUUAUCGUGCAAUAACAUGUGAAGGCUGUAAAGGAUUCUUUAGGCGUACCGCACAGAAAAAACUGCAGUAUAAAUGCAAUAAUAAUGAAAAAUGCGAAAUCAACAAAGCAACACGUAAUCUUUGCCAACGAUGUAGGCAUCUGAAAUGUUUAAGCUGUGGCAUGUCACCUGAAUUGGUCUUAAACGAAACAGAACGAAGUUUGAAAAGGCAGUUGAUUGAAAGAAAUCGAGUAAAACGAGAGAUGGAGGAAGUUGUCAAGGUGCUGAAGUCACAUUCGUUAAUAGAUCAGCGGAUCCGUUACGAACCAAUGACACAGUCAAUAACCGCCAGCUACUGCCGAUACAUUGAUGUCCCUCUUGGGCUUGAUUUCGACACCAGCACAGACGACAGUACUGUGCGGCAAAAGAACUGGUCAUCGUUGGUAUCAGUUUUGAUACGGCAUAUCAUCGAUUUUAUCAAGUGUAUCAGCAUUUACCAAUCGCUUACUGACAAAGAACGUUGUGCUUUAAUGGAUAAUACCGGUUGGUUGGAAGUGACGCUUCUACGUUUCAUCCAUCAGUAUGAUCCCACAGAGUCGUGUUUGAUUCUGUACGAUAAACGAAGCUUUCCAAAAUCGGAUACAAAAACUAACAACGAUUAUACGGAAGCCAUGAUGGAACUUCUGGCGCAAGCUAAAUCAUUCAGCACAUUACAAUUGAACAAUCGACAACUGGCUUUGCUAUCAGCAUUGUUUAUCUAUGAUCAUGCUGAAGCAUGUCAAGUAAGUGAUCUGCUUGAAAACCUGUACUAUAUUGUACAUGACGAACUAUGGCAUUGUCUGCAGUCAAUCAGCGAAUCUAGCAGUGAUUCACCGGAUCCAAAUCGUUGGUGGCGUCUGAAAUUUCAGUUUUGGUAUUUAAUUUUGAUUGCUGAUGUCAGGUAGGU